AUGGCCGCGACUUCUUCGGCGGGCUUUGGUAUCCGCAACUAUUUCCGGCGGCCAUCACAGUCGCCUCCCUCCGACUCAGUGGAGCCAAAGGAGUCACCAGAAAUCGAGCCACAACUACGGUCGAGUAGGAGACCGAAGCAGACGCAGCAGAUGCAGCGCAGCGCCGUGUAUGGAUCCUGCGCGCAGGCGGUGGGCACUGUAACUUCCGUGCUCUUCACAGUGAUCGACCGCUGUGGCCACUACGACGAGACCGCGCGAAACAGUACAGUCACCCGCCAGGCCAAGAUGCUGUACGUCUCGCUGCUUGAAAAUGUGCAGAAGGAACGGGGCGAGUGGCAGGGUUUUUCAUCAAACUCCAAAGACAACAAUGGACCGGAAGAUACCGAAGUCUUGAGUCCUAGAGACCUCCUUACGUCGAGUAUCGAUACGAACUCCACUGCGGAUCAACUAGGUGUCCUCAACGAGCUACUUGAAGUGAGUUUUCGCAACCUUAUGGGUCCAUUGGUGCCAUUAGAGCUCUACACGCGACAGAGGAAGAUGUUGUUGCGUGAGAGUCUGGCUGUUCCGCCCGCUCUCACGACGUUGAUGACAAUUCGCGGCAUCUUGGAUCUACUCGAGCGCGAGGUGCGGCAUUGUCUGCUGCGCUUGUUUGCGUUGUGGGAUCUCAUUGCACUCGUCAGCAGUGAGGCACAACCACUGCUAAAGACGAUCGCAGAUAAACAUCACCACGUCUUUAGUGAGUCGUCCGAAUUCGAAAGCAUGACGGCACGGAAAAGUGAAAGGCAGGAUACCGUUGCGAUUAACCUGUUGCAGGUUAUGGUGCUCUACCGCGAUAUUCUCUUCAGCGACAUUGAGUUUAUCCUGACUAAACAGGAGCUUCAGGUUAAUCCGAGACUGGUCGAAGAUAUUCGAGCAAAGGCCUGGCCACCCGAGUCGGAGCGUGCCUCAUCGGAGGAAGAUGAUAGAUUCUCAAGCGAUGGCGAUAUCAGCAGCAGCAGCGACGAGAAUCAAAUGCUACACGAUGCUUCUGGAAUGUCAUGGGGACAAGACUCAGCCUUGGAGUCGCUUGCUCUUCGAUCACGAACUUCAUCGUCCGUGCCAAGUCUGCUCGAAGUGGAGGAACAAGACGCCGAAUAUAUUGACGCUGAGGGCGAAGGAGGUGACUGGUCUAUCCCAUCACCGCCUCGAUACAGCUAUCACCACGAGGAUCGAAUGACUAGCGUGGCGUCUCCUCCAAUGUCUGGUGGUGCAGGCCCAUUAGUACCCGUUCCAAUGAUCCCAUCCAGUAGUGAAGGUAUUCCACCGCCAAGCAAACCGGACCACCCGACGCUAAUAUCCAGGCCGAUUAAGCGGGUCCCAAGUGGACACCGACGAUCGCAGCGGUCACUCACUUCUCCAACUCACAGUGCGAUUAGUCAAGCUAGCUCCAGUACCAGAUCCGCGUCGCGAAAGUCAAAGCUACGGGCCAAGCAGCGCAGUUCAUCCUCUUUGAAUGGUAGCUUUAGGAGCAAGCGCCAGCAGCAAGAAAAUCAUUACCAAGACACAACUAGCAACGAAUCGCGGUCACCACCACCGCCAUCUCGCUCCACCAUGCGUCGAAGCAGCAGCAAGCGCAUGAGAGGCACCAAGAGUGCAUCAACCCGGCGUCGUCAGGCGUCUACCCAAUCUGCAGACCAAACGAAGCAAGAGCAUGAGCACCGGCCUUCCCAGGAUAAAGCUGAAGUAAAACCCAGCUUUUUGUCGACUGUAGCUUCAAGUCUAGCGAUCCCCGUAGCUGCUGCAACCCUGUGUGUCCUCGCAACCAUGGCCACCCUGGCAAUCUACGAGAUGCGCAGAGCUCCGCGCAACUGAUGAUUUGUCACGCUGGUACAGUAUCCGCGUGUAGUCCGAGUGGAUUCUCAGUCGACAUGUGAGACGAAGACCACAAUCGGAU